CCAAUGAGACAGUAAUAAUAAUAAUGAGUGACUGACUAGUCUGAAAGUGAAAGUUGGUAGACAAAAGGGACCCCAUUCUCCAUUCUCCAUUCUCAAACUCACCAUCAAAUCCUUGCCUUCUUUCUCCCUCCAAAUCCCUAAUUCCCUUCCAUCCCAAAAAUUCAACAAUACUAACAUUAUUAACUCUUCUCUUCGUUUUUCCCAAUUAGGUUUCCGAGUCUCAACCAAUUUCACCAUGUCCACUCAAAUUCCGAGUUAGUUAGUUAUCUCUUUCCGCCAUGGAAGGUAACAAGGACGAAGCAUUACGCUGCGUUCGCAUCGCCGAAGAAGCAAUCGCGUCGGGAAACAAAGACCGCGCCCUCAAAUUCCUCAGAAUCGCGCAACGCCUCAACCGCGAUUUGCCCCUCCAGUCCCUGCUCGAAAAGUGCGACCGCUUCGAUUCGCACUCCGCCGCCGCUGCCGCCUGCGGCGGCAGCGGCGCCUCUCCGGCGAACGGUCACUCUCCGCGUCGCGAGGGUUUGAACGGGGAGAGGAAUUACACGGAGGAAAACGUGCAGCUAAUUAGAGAAAUCAAGGGAAAGAGCGAUUACUAUGCGAUUCUGGGAUUGGAAAAGAGUUGCUCCGUGGAAGAGAUUCGAAGAGCGUAUCGGAAGCUCUCUCUGAAGGUUCAUCCCGAUAAGAACAAAGCUCCAGGCUCCGAAGAUGCGUUCAAGAAGGUUUCGAAGGCGUUCAAGUGUUUGAGCGACGACGGCUCAAGAAGGAUGUACGACCAAACCGGAACCGGCACCGACGAUUAUGAGAGCACCGAGGUAAACACCUUCUGGCGAAGAAGAAGAAGAAGGACGACGACAACGCGCGAUUUCUUCGGAGACGAGUUCGAUCCGGACGAGAUAUUCAGGGCGUUCUUCGGACACUCCGACGUGUUCGGGAGAAACAACAAUGUUUACCGGACACGCGGGAUGGGGAAUCCGAAUCAUCAGCAUAGGCACGAAUUCAAUGCUGGAUCGGGAGGGAGGCAUCACAAUGUGAUGCUUCUGAUUCAGCUCUUGCCGUUUUUGAUUAUUGUGCUGCUCGCGUACUUGCCGUUUUCGGAGCCUGAGUAUUCGUUACACAAGCACUACAACUACCAGAUUCCCAAGACCACGGAGCGGCUCGAGGUUCAGUUCUUUGUGAAGUCGACCGCGUUUGAUGCGAAUUAUCCACUAGGGAGUGAUGCCCGUGAGGCGAUUGAGGAGAGUGUUAUAAAGGAUUAUAGGAGUAUGCUGAGGAGAUACUGUCAGGUGGAGAUGCAGAGACGGAGCUGGAAUAGGAAUCUGCCUGCUCCUCACUGUGAUAAGCUGCAUAACUUUGCAGUCGUGGCAUGAAGAAGUCUCAGCAGAAAAUCUCAGCCAUGAACCUCCCUUGUCUGGUUGCCCUUUUGCCAUGCUCUGGUACAUGGAGGAGCAUAAGCCUCUCCUUUCCGGGUGAUCAACACAGUCAGACACCUUACUCCAGAUGUUUCAGGCAAGUCCCUGGCCAUAGUUUCCAGUUUCAGUCACUCCUUUGUCAUCCUUGGAACUGUUUGACUGUGUCUCCACCACAAUUCCCCUGUUUGGUUUUGUUUCUUCUCUGGUUGGCCUUGUUCCUAUGCGAGAUUUCUCUGCUCAUCUAUCUUUGGCUCAAUUUUUCUCUUUGGCUAAUGUGUGCCUAUUAUGGGGCUGUUUCCUUUCCUGUUUCUUCAUGGUCACUGUGUUCUUACCUCUUGGCCUUGUUUUGUUGUUGUGUUCUCUUCUAGCCAGAAGUUGUGAUCAAGUUGGCUCAAGUUAAGUCGGAUAUGAUUUUUAACUCUAGAAGUCGACUGCUCAUGCAUGGCUCAGUAUCGUUUCAUCCAUCUAUUUUUUUUCCUGGUUGUGCAUCAUUGCAGACAUCAUUUUUUGCCAUGCAGCCUCUUUAGUAUUGCUUAAAUUGCUUCUGCUGUUAUCUCUUCAUCUGUCAUUUAUUGCUUCUCUAGUAUUGUUUAAAUGUGCUUUUAUCUUACAAGCUGCUAGCUUAGUAGGUUUCAGGUGGAGUCCUUGAGGGGUAAUACUAGAUUAGGCUUAAAUGAGCUUGCUUUUUUUCCAGUUGUACUAAACUAGUACAUGACCUAGAUGAAUAAUAUAAAUAGAUUUUAGGGGUUGCAUCUGAUGCACAAUUUCUCUCAAAAAGUUUGUUUUGACACUUCUGUUUUCGUUGGUAUUUAGUAAUGAUUUAUUUGGUGUCAAGUAUAAGGAAAAGAAGAGGAAGUGCUUAAGUGGAGAUUAAAAGAAAAAAAGAGGGGAAUAGUUGUGAUUCUUGUUUCAGGAUUGAUUGGUUUGAUGUUAUACAGACUUAAAAUGGUUCAAACAUUAUUUAUUUGAUAAGCAAAUAAAAAUGAAAAAUAAUUAUUAUAUGGCAUCAAUGUUUCUUUACAAUUUGGUUCUUUUGCUAGUGUGUUGAUAUAUGUUU